CUGGGCCCCCGCCCCUCCAGGAAGGGGAGGAGGCGGCGCGCCGCCGAGGCCCAGCGGACCCCCCCCUCCCCCCGCCCCUGAGGUGGACGCCCCCCGCGAGGACUCGGGUGCGGAGCCCGGCGCGAAGGGCUUGAGUCAGAGCACCAUCCUUGGGGACCCUGGACCACGAUCAUGGAGACUGAGAGCGAGCAGAACUCUAGCUCCACCAACGGGAGUUCCAGCUCAGGGGGCAGCUCUCGGCCGCAGAUAGCGCAAAUGUCCCUGUAUGAGCGGCAGGCAGUGCAGGCUCUGCAAGCACUGCAGCGGCAGCCCAAUGCAGCUCAGUAUUUUCACCAGUUCAUGCUCCAGCAGCAGCUCAGUAAUGCCCAGCUGCAUAGCCUGGCAGCCGUUCAGCAGGCCACAAUUGCUGCCAGUCGGCAGGCUAGCUCCCCAAACAGCAGCACUGCACAGCAGCAGAGCGCUACCACCCAGGCCUCGAUCAACCUGGCGACCACAUCAGCCGCCCAGCUCAUCAGUCGAUCCCAGAGUGUGAGCUCUCCCAGUGCUACCACCUUGACCCAAUCUGUGUUACUGGGGAACACUACUUCCCCACCCCUCAACCAGUCCCAGGCCCAGAUGUAUCUGCGGCCACAGCUGGGAAACCUAUUGCAGGUUAACCGGACCUUGGGCCGGAAUGUGCCUCUAGCCUCCCAACUCAUCCUGAUGCCCAAUGGGGCAGUGGCUGCAGUCCAGCAGGAGGUGCCACCCGCUCAGUCUCCGGGAGUUCAUGCAGAUGCAGAUCAGGUGCAGAACUUGGCAGUGAGGAACCAGCAGGCCUCAGCUCAAGGACCCCAGAUGCCAGGCUCCACUCAGAAGGCCAUCCCUCCUGGAGCUUCUCCUGUUUCUGGCCUCUCCCAGGCUUCUAGCCAGGCCCUAGCUGUGGCACAGGCUUCUUCUGGGGCCUCAGGCCAGUCACUCAACCUUAGUCAAGCUAGUGGAGGCAGUGGGAAUAGCCUCCCAGGCUCUAUGGGUCCAGGUGGAGGUGGCCAGGCGCCUGGGGGCUUGGGCCAGUUGCCGUCUUCAGGAUUGGGUGGUGGAAGCUGUCCCCGGAAGGGCACAGGAGUGGUGCAGCCCUUACCCCCAGCUCAAACAGUGACUGUGAGCCAGGGCAGCCAAACAGAGGCGGAGAGUGCAGCAGCCAAGAAGGCAGACGCAGAUGGGAGUGGCCAGCAGAGUGUGGGCAUGAACCUGACCCGGACGGCCACGCCUGCCCCCAGCCAGACGCUUAUUAGCUCAGCCACAUACACACAGAUCCAGCCCCAUUCACUGAUUCAGCAGCAGCAGCAGAUCCACCUCCAGCAAAAACAAGUGGUGAUCCAGCAGCAGAUCGCCAUCCACCACCAGCAGCAGUUCCAGCACCGCCAGUCCCAGUUGCUUCACACAGCCACACACCUCCAGUUGGCCCAGCAGCAGCAGCAGCAGCAGCAGCAGCAGCAACAGCAGCCGCAAGCAACAACCCUCACUGCCCCUCAGCCAGCCCAGGUCCCACCUACUCAGCAGGUCCCACCUUCCCAGUCCCAACAGCAAGCUCAGACCCUGGUGGUCCAACCAAUGCUUCAGUCUUCACCCCUGUCUCUUCCACCUGACCCAACCCCCAAACCACCCAUCCCCAUUCAGUCCAAACCACCUGUAGCACCCAUCAAACCUCCUCAACUCGGAGCUGCUAAGAUGUCAGCCACCCAGCAGCCACCACCACAUAUCCCUGUGCAAGUUGUCGGUACCCGGCAGCCAGGUACAGCUCAGGCACAGGCUUUGGGAUUAGCACAGCUGGCAGCUGCUGUACCUACUUCCCGGGGAAUGCCAGGGGCAGUCCAGCCUGGCCAGGCCCAUCUGGCCUCCUCGCCACCUUCAUCACAGGCUUCUGGUGCACUUCAGGAGUGUCCUCCCGUGUUGGCGCCGGGGAUGACCCUUGCUCCUGUGCAGGGAACGGCACAUGUGGUCAAGGGUGGGCCUACAGCUUCCUCCCCUGUCGUGGCCCAAGUUCCUGCUGCUUUCUACAUGCAGUCUGUGCACCUGCCGGGUAAACCCCAGACAUUGGCUGUGAAACGAAAAGCUGAGUCUGAGGAGGAGAGAGAGGACGCCACCACGUUGGGCUCUAUGCUUCCCGCAAAGGCAUCACCAGCAUCAGAGAGCCCAAAGGUGCUGGAGGAGAAGAACAGUGUUGGAGAGAAAGCUGAACCAGUGGCCAGUUUGAAUGCUAAUCCUCCAAGCAGUGACUUAGUAGCCUUGGUCCCUACCCCAUCAGCACCGCCUCCUACUCUAGCCUUGGUGUCCAGACAGAUGGGUGACUCAAAACCCCCACAGGCCAUUGUGAAGCCACAGAUUCUCACGCACAUCAUUGAAGGCUUUGUUAUCCAGGAAGGAGCAGAGCCUUUCCCGGUGGGAUGUUCUCAGUUACUGAAGGAAUCUGAGAAGCCACUGCAGGCUGGCCUUCUGACGGGGCUGAAUGAGAGUCAGUCAAGUGGCCCUUUGGGAGGAGACAGCCCCUCUGUAGAGUUAGAUAAGAAAGCCAAUCUCCUAAAGUGCGAGUACUGUGGGAAGUACGCCCCGGCAGAGCAGUUUCGUGGCUCUAAGAGGUUUUGCUCCAUGACGUGUGCAAAGAGGUACAAUGUGAGCUGUAGCCACCAGUUCCGCCUGAAGAGGAAAAAGAUGAAGGAGUUUCAGGAAGCCAGCUAUGCCCGUGUCCGGAGGCGAGGACCCCGCCGCAGCUCUUCUGACAUUGCGCGUGCUAAGAUCCAGGGCAAGCGCCAUCGGGGCCAGGAGGACUCUAGCCGGGGCUCGGAUAAUUCCAGUUAUGAUGAAGCACUCUCCCCAACAUCUCCUGGGCCAUUGUCAGUACGACCUGGACAUGGAGACCGUGACCUAGGAAACACCAUUACAGCUCCACCUACACCAGAACUGCAUGGCAUCAACCCUGUGUUUCUGUCCAGUAAUCCCAGCCGAUGGAGUGUGGAGGAGGUCUACGAGUUUAUUGCUUCUCUGCAAGGCUGCCAAGAGAUUGCAGAAGAGUUUCGUUCCCAGGAGAUUGAUGGACAGGCCCUUUUAUUACUUAAAGAAGAACAUCUUAUGAGUGCCAUGAACAUCAAAUUAGGUCCUGCCCUCAAGAUCUGUGCCAAGAUCAAUGUCCUCAAGGAGACCUAAUGUGGUCCUCUGCACAAAUCAGCCUAAAGCAGAUGCCCCAACCAUUCAGGUUCUAACCUGGGGCCAGCAGACUUUGCAGGGAAGAAGAGCGAGCUGUUCCUCUGUGAUCCCCUAUGGGGGGUGUAGAGACAGAAGUGCAAGAAUUGGUUGUUGGUGCUACAUGGUGGCAGCUUUGACAUUUUCUCUGGGUUUCACCUGUGCGCACGCGCGGGGGGGGCACACACACACACACACACACCCCAUUCUCACUAAUCACACCUACCCUAAUCCAGUUUUUAAGCAGGCAGACUAGAGACUAGGACUGCUGCUCCACCUUAUCUGGGAGUGGAGUGACUAGCUAGGAUGUCACUUCUCCAAGAGGAAGAAUGUCUUGUUUGGUAAGGCAAGGAAAUGGGUGAUAUGUGGGUUUGCCUCCCCAGUGGGAGAGGUCAGUUUUCCCAGCUUGUGUGACACAGGUAGCGAAACCUGGUGCUCUCCUCUGGAUUAUCUCUUGUGGCUAUAGCUCAGUUUUCUGUUCAUUUUCUCCCUUAGAUAUGACUAUUUCUUCCUGCGUCCGUGGCAGGGUCACCAGCCAGGGUAGACACUUGGUCGGUAUCUGAUUCGCUGCAGGGACUAAAGGUGUUUGACUGACAGGUGUGGCUGUUGUCAUUCAUCCCCGCCCCUUCUGAUUUGUUACCAUCUUCAACCUUUUCUUUUCUAUCCCAACUCUGCUCUUUCCUAUAGCUUUACAAACAGGAGUGUGUGGGGCUAAGGUCAGGAUUGUAAGCACCUGCCUUGGGCACUAUUCCUUAUACAACAAAAUAUUAAAUAUUUUUUCUUCCUCAGUAAAAGGCUGAAAAGUGGUC